AUGUUGGCAUUGGUUCUCCUUGCCCUAUUCUGUGUGGCAGCUGAGUCUGUUCAGCCACAGUCAUCCUCCUACAAUGGAGAGUAUGGAGGAAGGGGAGGAGAACGCUUCUCCCACUCAGGCAACCAGCUAGAUGGCCCCAUCACUGCCAUCCGAAUCCGAGUCAACAAAAACUACAUUGUGGGACUCCAGGUCUGAUAUGGCAAGGAAUGGAGCAACUAUGUUGGGGGUACCCAAGGUGAUCUGGAAGAGAUUUUCCUGCACCCCGGGGAGUCAAUCAUCCAAGUGUCUGGCAAAUAUAAGUACUACGUUCAGAAGUUAAUAUUUGUGACAGACAAGGGCCGCUACCUGACUUAUGGGAAGGACACAGGCACCAGCUUCAAUGCUGCCCCAUUGUACCCCAACACCGUUCUUCGAUUCUUCAGUGGCCGUGCUGGCGCUCUCAUCGAUGCUAUUGGCCUACACUGGGAUGUUUACCCCACCUGCUAA